UGCUUUCCUCUCAUGUACAUACACAUUUCAAGCAAGUAUAGUAUGAGCAAAUAUGUUUGUUCAUAUGGGUAAACUGUUUUGCUUCUGCAUCGCGUUUCAGUAUAAUAACAUUUUUUUAUCACUACUAUUGAUGGAGUAAAUUAUGCCUUCUUAAGAGAACUAUUUUCGUGUGGGGCAAACGAGGCUACAAUUUAAUUUUCUCUACGAUUUCCGUUUUGUGAUUCUCAAAUGAAAGGAACAUGCACUAGGAAUUCGGCUCCCACUAGGGUCAAUUGGGCGGAGUGGUAACUCAUUUGAGGCCCUUCCGUUUUUUCCCCAAUUUAAGUACUGGAGUUUUUUAGAGGGUGUCAUGGGUUUGAGCAAAACUGAAGUGAACUUGAAGAGAUUGCUUGUAACUGCACCACAACAGCAAAAUCAAGCAAAGCUUAUACAUUAUGUUGCUACUUUGCGUGAACUGCUGGAGCAGGUGGCUGAAGAGAGGAAUCCAGACGGAUUACCAAGAGUUUCAAAAGCUAAGGUGAACGAAUAUGCAGAGAACAUUGAAGCCAUUGCUGCCAAGUUAGCUGUGCCCAUGUCUGAUGUGCAAACACCUGAGGAACCUGUGGCUGAGACUUCAAGCAGCGGAACUCCCAAAGCAGAAGACAGUGUGAGUUCUGCUUCUGAAGGACUGAGAAGAAGAGUCGGGGUCCAUUCAAACAAUGAGGAGAGAUCUCAAGACUCCAUCGAUUCUGAUCAAUCAGCUGCAGUCAAACUGGAUGAUGCUGCACGGACACAUAUUGAGAAGCACAGGAAACUUCAGGAGGACUUGACUGACGAAAUGGUUAUUUUGGCACGGCAGCUCAAAGAGAGUAGUCUCAUGAUGAAUCAAUCUAUCAAAAAUACUGAGAAAAUACUUGAUUCAACUGAGAAAGCAGUUGAGCAUAGCCUAGCAAGUACAGGGCAUGCAACUUCCAGGGCUAUGGAUGUGUAUUCCCGGAGUUUCAAGACUACAUGCUUCCAGUGGCUCUUGAUCUUUGUCAUGACAUUAGUUUUUGUCAUGGUUGUAUUACUUAUUCGAGUGACUUAGCAGCCGACCCCUUUGUUAGUGGAGAUUUGACAAAAUGUUUGGUUUUAUUGUUACCGUGUAUAGUAAUGUAAUCUGUAAUUUUAGUUUAACAAA